AUGGCAUCGCCCAUGAGGAGCUUGCUCACCGACCCCGCCAGAUACCUCCAGGCUUUCCGCCUCUUCCUCACGAAUUCGACCGAGCACCAGUGCAUGCGGGAGUUCGUGGAGAGGCAGCUGCCGGCUGUGAUAGCGAGUAUUGGAAACGGGAAGUCUACAAUCAAUAUUCUAAGUGUUGGUGGUGGAGCAGGUGAGAUUGACCUGCUGAUCCUGUCAAAACUACACGCCAGAUACCCAGGGGUCACCAUCAACAAUGAUGUGAUAGAGCCAAGUGCUGACCAAAUCUUCAAGUACAAAGAGCGUGUGGCUGAGACAUCAAACCUCGAGAAUGUAAAGUUUACCUGGCAUGAGGAGACAGCUUAUGAAUAUGAAAGUCGAAUGAAUGCAGAAAAGAAGGCUAAAAAAUGGGACUUCAUUCACAUGAUCCAGAUGCUGUAUUAUGAGAAAGACGUCCCAGCAACUAUCCGGUAUUUCCACAGCCUCCUGGAAGCGCAGGCAAAGCUCCUCAUUAUCCUGGUAUCAGAAACCAGCGGCUGGGAAAUGCUGUGGAAGAAGUAUGGGUCUUCCUUCCCUUUAGAUGAUCUCUGCUCUUACGUUUCCUCUGCUGACAUCAAAAGGAUACUGGAUUCAGCUGGGCUGAAGUACCAGCUCUACGAGCUCCCAUCCCACAUGGACAUAACGAGCUGCUUUAUUGAAGGGAACAAGGAUGGGGAGCUGCUGCUGGAUUUCCUGACAGAAACUUGUGAGUUUUCUAAAAAUGCUCCUCCUGAACUAAAGCAUCAGGUAAUGGAAGAUUUAAGAAAGCCUGAAUGCAGUGAAAAAAGAGAUGGGAAGGUGCUUUUUAAUAACAACCUGAGUGUAAUAGUAAUUGAGCCAUGA